GUGUGUAUGAGUGUGUGUGCUGCUGCUUUGCCGGUUCCAUGUGAGAACCGGGUUUAUGCAUAGAAAACGCAACAUCCUUUUUUAAAGCUUUCUUCUGCAGGCUCUUCCACAUGUGAAGACUUUAUCGAAUGAGAAGAACUAGAUAUAUAUUUUUUCCAGACGGUCCAAAUUGAACUCAACUCUUCCAGAGGAGGAAUUCAGGGUAAAAACCUGGGGACGUGUGCGAGGAUUUCAGAGCUCUAAACGCCCCUCAGACUGGAUAAACUGUACACAUUGACCCCAACUAAGUGUUCAUACAGCCGGCGUUCUGCUGUUGAGUCUGAGCUGAAGCGGGGUAGACUGAGACCUGUCUCCUGAACAGCCCAGGAGAAAAGCGAGGCGUCAGGAGUUUUGGAAACACUGAACACCAAGGCUGCUGAUUGCUGUAUCUCUGUCCAGGCAAUCCUGUGUAUAUCGGAGGGAAUUUCCAACAUUCAUGUGUGGCAAAGAUGAAUCCAAACUCCGUGAAUGAAUGAGAGCACAUUUACCUCCGUUGGUUUGCCUGUAUGUGUGUGGGUGUGCGUGUCAGAACAUACAGCUGACCUGUCAAGAGGGGACAUGCCCCUUUAACAGACAAUUACAAAACAAAUGAGUUGUCACCAUGCUGCCCGGGAUGGUGCGUGUUUUGCAUGCUCUUCUUCCCGUCCUGGUGUUGUGUGCAUUGUCCCAGAGCGUCCCUUCAUUGCGCUACUAUCCAGUGUUCCUGCGCAACGACACACAAUUCGAGCACCUAGCUCUGCACCCUAAACCCGAACUGGGGCGCAUCUACGUAGGUGCCCGCGAUCGACUGUUCCGGCUAUCCUCAGACUUGCAGCUGGAGGAAGAGGUGGAGACGGGGCCUGUGACAGACAGUCGUGACUGCCUGCCUCCAAUCAGUGAAACCAGCUGUUCGCAGGCACGACCUACUAGCAAUCACAAUAAACUCCUGCUUAUUGACCCUUAUAGCAAUGAGCUGAUCAGUUGUGGCAGUGUACACCAAGGCACAUGUCAGAAACGAGACCUGGACUCCAUAGGCAACGUGCUCUUUUCAGCACAGAGGCCCGUGGACACGCAGUAUGUGGCAGCCAAUGACGCUGAGGUUUCCACUGUGGGGCUGGUGGUGUCUCCACAUGGAGAGCGACAACCUUUGCUGUACGUAGGACGAGGCUAUACCAGCAGCCAGCCUCCUAUUUCCACUCGCAACCUUGCCACCGAACCCAUUUUCUCCUAUGAAGAAACAGCAAAGCUCACAGUGGUCGGACGGCUUUCCGAAUACGACCACCACUUUGUGGGAUCCUUUGAGCACAAUUCUCACGUCUACUUUCUAUUCUACCGGCGUGAUUUGAAGUCAGGGGUGCGUGACUACCGCACCUAUGUCUCUCGUGUGUGUCUGGAUGAUAUGGCGUACUAUUCCUAUGUCGAAGUUCCACUGAGCUGUCGCUCGGCAGCUGGGAAGAAGUACGGCUUGCUGCAGGCCGCUCGCCUCGGGCUCCCCAGGCCAGGAGAAACCAGAGGGGUAGACGAAGAGCUUCUGCUGGGCGUUUUCUCAACACAUUCUGCCUCGUCCGGGAAGCCCAGCAACGACUCGGCCCUGUGUAUGUUUUCCCUGCGGGAACUGGAUAGACGCAUCAACGACACCCGAGACCUCUGUUACACAAAAUCUGGACAAGAAGCUGCCUAUAUAGAAUACGAGGUGAAAUCAAACUGCGCCAGUUUGCCACCAACCACUUUAGAAGCUUACCCAUGUGGUUCUGACCACACUCCCAGCCCAAUGGCCAGCCUUGUGGCGGUAGAGGCCGAGCCGAUAUUGGACAGUCCAUCUGCUCGUCUUACUGCAGUUGCUAUUAGUGUAAAAGCAGAUCACACCAUUGCAUUUCUGGGAGACUCGAAGGGAAAUUUACACAAGGUGUUUUUGGGUCCUGAUGGUGAGGUGGAAGAAUACGCCAUUAUUUCCAUUCAGUCAAACUCCGCAAUCAGCAGUGAGCUGACUCUUGACCAAUCCGAAGAGCACCUAUACAUCAUGACCAGCACCAUGCUGGAGAAAAGGCCUGUUGCGGAGUGCCACGUACACCUGGACUGUCGGUCAUGUGUCUCAGCUCGAGACCCUUACUGCGGCUGGUGUGUGCUGGAAGGGAGGUGUGGUCAGCGUGGCGAGUGUGCACGUGGAGAGCAGGCUGAUCAAUGGCUGUGGAGUUUUGACAUGGAGCAGCAGUGUCUGACUGUCCAAACCAUCACGCCACCGACCAUCAGCAGAGACGAAAGCAGGACAAUCGCUUUGUCAAUCCGUGGACUCCCAAAGCUUGAGGAUGGCGAAUCGUAUUCCUGUUUCUUCCAAGACACUUUUUCCCCCGCUACCAUUACCGAGAGCGGGGUCACCUGCCCCUCACCAGACCCCCAAAGAGUCCCUGAUGUGUCACCCGGACAAGAUUUUUUAACAGUCACUCUAUCCUUACGGUUCGGUGAUGUCAUUGUGACCUCUCAGGAAUUCACCUUCUACGAUUGCCGAGUUGUCAAACAGCUCUCGGGGAGUAUGCCUUGCCGUGGCUGUGUGUCCAGCCGAUGGGGCUGUAACUGGUGUGUACACGAGCAUGUUUGUACCCACAAGACACAGUGUGAGCAAGGGGUCAUCAUUUACAAUGAAAAUUUCAAAGUCCCCACACCCACCCCUCCUCCAAGUACACCUGUCAGGAUUACAGCGGUCACCAUGAAUCAUGCAAUCCAUACCACCACACCACCUACUAAGUUUCCAACUACAACUAAUGCACCUCCUACAACUACUACAGAUACCACUCUAACCACUCAAGCUACAACCACAACCACAACUACAACCACAACUACGACACCAAUGCCAAUUACAACUACUGCACCAGUCACCACCUCCACACCAACUACAUCGCCUGCAGUUCCUGAACCCACCAUUGCUCCUCCCAUCCCCAUGUUGCCAACCCCACUAUCCCAAAUCACAACCACAACUCCUUCAGCCUCCACACUCCCUGUUCUAAAGGAGCAUCCAUCAGAGGAGAUCCUGCUGACUUCUGAGACACAGUCAGAAGCCCUUAGUGAAGCCAAGAGUGUUGUGAUCACCAUCUCCAGUCUGGAUACUGGAAAAGAAACAGAGCCGUCACUCAUCAACCAAGAAGGCAAUGACCAGCAGUUGCCAUCACCAUCACCAUCACCAUCUCAUGCUGGGGAAUUGCUAUUUCCUGAAGAAGUCACACCAAUAGUGGAGCCAGUAACCAGCACUCCAGAAUUACCCAGCAGUCCACAGAUUGUAAUAGAAUUACCCCCAUUGGCUGAACCGCCUAUCGAAACUCCAAACAAAACACAAUCGGAGAGUCCUGAGACUGUGGUAACAGAUUCUAACCCAGACAGCUUGCCUACAGUACCUGCUGUCCUACCAUCUGAUUUGCCUGUUCACCGAGAGAAGGAAGCAAAUGGAACUGAACCGGAGGAGCUCCAGGUUCCCCUAGAGGAAGAGGGUAUGGCUGAAAAUGACACAACUGCAUUUUCGGCAGCGACGGUGCUUUCGGGAGAUGGAGAGUUAGACCAAGCGUCCCCUGGAUACCCUCGUCUCUUGGAUGUGGAUUCUGAGACAGACUACCAAUAUGACAUGGCAGACCUUCUGCAGGGAGAUGAGGGCCUGUUAGAGAAUCAGGGUUCAUCUGCAUGUCCUUGUGUGGAGAAGGUUCAGGGUUCACCCCUUCUGCCCGUACAGACAGAGAGGAAAAUCAAUCUACUGGCCCGUAACCUUCACCUUUAUCAGGAUCAAGACUUGGAGUACGAGUGUGUCUUAGUGAUUGAGGGACAGACUGUGGUGGUGGAUGCCUAUGUAGAGAAAAAUGACAUGGACCCUUCUCACUUUGACAUCACCUGUCAGCAUCACCGGUAUUCCUACUCGGCCCUGACGGAAGAAUACAACGCCAUGGUGUAUGUGAAGAGGAGAGACACUUUUCAUGUGGACAGUGCUAAUGACCUCUUUGUAACUUUGUACAACUGUUCGGUGGGCCGUUCCGACUGCAGCCGGUGUCACACAGCAGAUCGAAAGUACGACUGUGUGUGGUGCGGUCAGGUUCAGUCCAGCUGUGUUCACAAAGAGGCCUGCUCAGCUGGAGUCAGGGACACAUGUCCUGCUCCUGUCAUUCAUUUUAUUGAGCCUCUGACAGGCCUGAAGGAGGGUGGCACCGUUCUCACUAUCAGUGGCUCCAACCUGGGCCAGAAAGCUCAUGAUAUAUUACAGUCAGUCACUGUGGCUGGUAUUUCCUGUACAGUCAUACCAGAACUGUAUGAGAUAUCAUCCAGAAUUGUGUGCAUAACAGGAAGAAGCCAAGAGGAGAAGUCGGGUCACGUCUCAGUAGAAGUGUCUGGUGCAGGGCGCAAAGGUCUCUCCAUUCAAACGUUCAGCUACCAGGAUCCAAUGCUGGAAGGGGUGAGUCCCCAGAGAGGACCCCGAGCAGGAGGGACCUCUCUCACCAUCACAGGCAAGAGGUUACUGACCGGCCGAUCCAGUGACAUCAGCGUGCUGCUGGGAGAUGUCCCCUGUGUCAUUGUGUCAGAUGUGCAGAAAGGUAGAAUCGAGUGCGUCACUGGAAACAGCAACCACACCGGAGAGCACACAGUAACGUUGCGCUACGGAAACCGCGAGCGCUAUCUCAAUGGCAUACGCUUUCAAUACACCCCGGAUCCCAACAUUACACAAGCCAUGCCAUCCAAAAGCUUCAUCAGUGGCGGUCGUGUGAUCAGCGUGUCUGGCCACAACUUGGACGUAGUCCAGGAGCCACGUAUCCGAGUGACCAUGACCAGCAUAAGAGGCAGCAGGAGGAGAAGAAGGAGAAACGGUGGGAGUGUUGUAGCUGGGGGUGUCGAGAAAGGUUUACCGCAGAGACACAAGAGAAUAAUUCCUGAAGUAGAUGCUCCAGAAAGCACUGGAAAACAUUUUGAAGAACGGUGUGAGGUGAACACAUCCUCUCUGCUGCUGUGUCGUACCCCUGGAAUGAGCCCAGAGAUAUUAGAAGCUGUUGUUGAGGUGGAGUUUAUUCUGGAUAACUUACGCUUCAACUUUAACGCAGUCAGCAAAACACCUUUCACCUACGAGCCCAACCCCACGCUUCACCCUCUCAGCCGCGAUCACCGAUCUGAACCCUACCGCUACAAACCUGGUUCAGUCAUACUGGUAGAGGGGCAGAAUCUGGACCUAGCAAUAGUUAAAGAGGAGGUGGUGGCUCUCAUCGGUGAGGGUGUAUGCACGGUUAAAACUCUGACUAAGAACCACCUUUACUGUGAGCCACCGGCCCAGCAGCCCUCCCCCUCCCACAGCCUCGGACACAAGAGAGAAGGAGCUGAUGCACUCCCAGAGUUCACAGUACAGAUGGGAAAUCUAAACUUUUCGCUGGGAAAAGUGCAGUAUGACACGCUCAGUCAGUCCACCUUUCCUGUGGAGGCUCAAAUAGGAGUUGGAGCAGUGGCUGCUCUGGUCGUCCUUAUCGUUGUGAUCAUUGUUCUCAUUUACAGGAGGAAGAGUAAACAAGCUCUGCGGGAUUAUAAGAAAGUUCAAAUUCAGCUGGAGAAUCUGGAGACAAGUGUGAGAGACCGCUGCAAGAAAGAGUUCACAGACUUGAUGACUGAAAUGAUGGACAUGUCAAGUGAUCUGGUGGGCUCUGGGAUUCCGUUUCUGGAUUACAAGAUGUACGCUGAGCGCAUCUUUUUUCCGGGUCAUCGGGAGUCACCACUGCGCAGGGACCUGGAUGUGCAGGAUUGCAGAAGGGCCACAGUAGAGCAGGGCCUCGUCCAACUUUCCAACCUGCUCAACAGCAAACUCUUCCUCACUAAAUUUAUAUACACUCUGGAGAGCCAGAGGACAUUCUCUCCCAGAGACCGAGCCUACGUCGCCUCUCUGCUCACUGUAGCACUACACGGCAAACUGGAGUACUUUACUGACAUUCUGAAAACAUUGCUUAAUGACCUGGUGGAGCAGUAUGUCGCCAAGAACCCCAAACUCAUGCUCCGGAGAACUGAGACAGUUGUGGAAAAGCUCCUGACCAACUGGAUGUCUAUAUGUCUAUAUUCGUUCCUCCGGGACUCGGCAGGGGAGUGUUUGUACAUGCUUUUUAGAGCUAUAAAGCACCAGGUGGAUAAAGGGCCUGUGGACGCAGUAACUGGCAAAGCCAAAUACACCCUCAAUGACAGCCGACUGCUCCGAGAGGACCUGGAGUAUCACACACUGACUCUGAACGUGCUGAUGCAGGGAGUAGGAAUGAACGAGACCCAGCCAGUAGCAGCUAAAGUACUAGAUUGUGACACAAUAACCCAAGUCAAAGAGAAGAUUCUAGACCAGGUCUAUAAAGGAACCUCAUACUCCCAUAGACCACACACUGACUCACUAGAUUUGGAAUGGCGUUCAGGCGUCGCGGGUCACCUCAUUCUCUCAGAUGAAGAUCUCACAUCUGUGGUGCAGGGCAACUGGAAACGUCUCAAUACGCUUCAGCAUUACAAGGUUCCUGAUGGAGCUACAGUCGCUCUGGUGCCACGACAUAGCAAACACAUCCACCAUGACAACCAUGACUAUGUAGCAGGAGAGAAAACACCCAUGCUGGAGGAUGCAGAUGAGGGUGGAGUUAGACUGUGGCAUCUUGUAAAGGCCAGUGAGGAGCCUGAACUGCCCAAACACAGACGAGGCAGUUUGAGAGAACGAGAGCGGCCCAAAGCCAUACCAGAGAUCUACCUCACACGACUGCUUUCAAUGAAGGGCACUCUGCAGAAGUUUGUUGAUGAUUUGUUCACCGUGAUUCUGAGCACAAGUCGGCCUGUUCCUCUUGCUGUAAAAUACUUCUUUGACCUGCUGGAUGACCAGGCAACACAUCACGGCAUCUCGGACCCAGAAACAAUCCAUAUUUGGAAAACAAACAGUCUGCCUCUGCGCUUCUGGCUCAACAUUGUGAAGAACCCUCAUUUCAUCUUUGAUGUGCAAGCAUCUGACAAUGUGGAUGCUGUCCUGUCUGUUAUCGCUCAGACCUUCAUGGAUUCCUGCACCAUUGCUGAGCACAAACUGGGCAGGGACUCCCCCAUCAACAAGCUCCUGUAUGCCAGAGACAUUCCUCGUUAUAAGCAGAUGGUGGAGAGGUACUAUGCUGACAUCAGACAAACCAUCCCAGCUAGUGACCAGGAGAUGAACUCUGCCUUAGCUGAGCUCUCGAGGAAUUACUCAGGAGAGCUGAAUUACCUAGUGGCCCUGCAUGAGCUCUACAAGUACAUCAACAAAUAUUAUGACCAGAUCAUCACGGCGUUAGAAGAGGACACCACAGCUCAGAAGAUGCAGCUCGGUUAUCGGCUUCAACAGAUUGCAGCGGCAGUAGAAAACAAAGUGACAGACUUGUGAUUUAAAGAUCCCGAUGAGGUGAUCAAUGAGACAAGAACGAAAUGAGGGGAAGCACAUGGGUUGCACUGAAGAAUGGACCUACUUUACAUUUGGACUGCAGAGAGUUGUGUAGCUGCAGCGAAUGGGAACCACAGGACUGUGGACGUUGACUAAAAUGACAGUAAACACACUGCCACUUUACGGAGGAAACAAGGACGUGUGUGUGUGUGUGUGUGUGUGUGUGUGUGUGUGUGUGUGAGAGAGAGAGUGAAAGAGUAUGUGUGAGAGACAUGAUUUCUGUCAUUGUUUGAGAGAUUAGUGAAUUGGAGACUCUUUGGCAUUCUCAGAAUGAUGGAACAGGUUCACAAGGGAGUUCUCGUGAGGUCUUUUAGAGAACGAGGAGGACAUGUAUUGUGUGGCAGCACGUGCAUGAAGUUGCUGCAAGAGGAGCAGCCGUGUUGCUUCUCUCCUCUACCUCUCGAUCAGGUGACUACUGCAUUCUUUCCAACACAAUGAGCGAUCGAGGUCUCACCGGGUUCAUUUUACUUACACCAAAUCCAACUCGGGGCCGACUGAAAACAGGCUCAGUUUAAUGCAGGUUUGUUUCACAGACAGACUUUUACUGAGGAGGAUUACAACACCUGUCAAAUUCUACAAAUGAAUGCUCUCAGAAGCAGGAGAAAAUGACUCGAAAAUGAAAUCUGUGCCUCAUGAACAUUUGCUUCUUCCUGCCGUUUUCUACCUCCUCACGUUUCUCUUUCCAAUUCUCUCUACAUCAUAAUUUCUGUGUGUUUGCCAAUAUGCUGACUAUAUCCAUCCGUGCAGCAAUAACUGUGUGUGACCCAACAUUACUCCAUGACGGGCUUCUUCUAUCGUCAUUCUAUUUCUCCAGCGAUCACGAGAACGUUCAUGGUGUAAAACAUCUAUUCGGAAUCUUGUCGUUUUUUUGGUUUUUUUUUAGAUGAUUAUUUAUUUAAUAUUAACUCAUGCAACAUCCGUUUCUUUCACAACUGUCUGUAUCCUCCGUCCAUGUCAUUCAAAAGGAGCUCCGAGACUGAGAGAACAAGGCAGGCAAGAACUACCAGGCAUCUCUAUUCUAGCACUAGAAUGCAUUUUAACGUUGUGUCUGUUGUAUUAUUGUGUUUUCUGUGUGGCACUAAAGAGAUAGCUGGUGAUCCUAAUCCCCCCCCACCCCCUAACCCUAACACCCCCAACCCCCACCACCACCACCCCACAUUUUAAUUCAUGGUUUUACUGUUUUUAUUUCCCCUUUAUUUCUUAUUGUAUAAGAAUCACUGGAAGGGCAGUACACAGGAAUACAACUCUGUAAAUCUGCAAGGUGUAAUGACUGAAGUAUUCUCUAUAUUUCGACAUUUCUUUUCUGCUCUAACAUUCCUUUUAUGUGCUAUGAAAGAAAUUGAUGUCCGAACCAUUCGAAUUGUUCUUUUUUUUUUUUUCUUGUGUGUGUGUGUGAAAGAAAGAGAGGUGUUUAGUGCGUACUACAGUAUAGGGUCAAUUUUCUUUCAUUACAUUGCUUUACAUUAAUACUAGAUAGAACACGAUUACUUUAUAGAGACAGGUUUCUGUCAACCUACAGGCUUGAUCACUAGUUAUUUUCACUUCAGUUUUUGAUUUUAACAAACGUUCAAUAGCAUCCAUCCUGAAACAGUCCCAUAGAGCGGGAAACAAAACAUCAAAUCAACACAAUUAACUUAAAAACAGGAAAACAUGCAGAAACCUGGGACUAGCGAUAAAUCAGUGGUUCAGUGGUACAUUAAAUGUAAGAUACAUGGACCACACAUGUCAUUUGUGGUGUGAUGUAACUGUAUAAGAUAAAAAAUUAUGUGCAGAAGUUUCAGAAGGAAGUAUAAAGUUAAAACUAUUAUUAGGUUCUAUAAAUUAUGUGUAGACUAGAGCAGGCUCUGUAAGUUUUUAAAACUUGUUAAUAUCAUCAUACGUUUUGAUUGUCUUUCAGCUGUAGCUUCUUACCAACAGUAUGUGAAAAAACAAUUUUGGAGACAAAUUAUAUGGAGAUUUAAUAAAAUAUUCUGAAUGGA